UGACAAGCCAAAGUAAAUCUAAUAGUUCCGACAUACCGCCGCAGUUCCCAAAGUUUUCCUCGCGGUUCCAUCCCGAAUUUUCCGCAUUUUCCCGAACAUUUCGCCAGAUUCGGCAACGCCACGACCGAAUAUCGCGAAAACCGCCUGAAAAUCGCCCGGAUUAUCCUCGAAUUUCGCAAUAAAUUCAGUUAAAUCCGUCAGUUGCUGUUGCAAACAUGUGCAUCGUUUAGCCUUCGGUCGAAUUCGGGCUCCUUCGGCGCCUCGUACGUGCUUUUGGUGGAAUAGCGACGACGCAUAUCACAUAGGUGGCGUUGUGAACCACGUUCAGGGAAGAAUUUUGUAAUGACAUGGCAACUCGAGAAAAGAAGCUUUCAGUUAGCAGAAAGCAAAACACAUCGUCUCCUUUACCGCCAAAGGAGGAUCUAACACCUACUGAAAUCAAACCUCCCCCAACUAAUGAAACAGCGGAAGAAAAUCCAGUCGCAAAGCAAUCACCGAAAGCUCCUUUAACAAAAAAAUUGGCGCCCAAAACGCCAAAAAAAUUAACAAAGAAACCAACCAUCGCGAUAAAAUUAAAACCCGCGAUCAAGAAAAACGUGAAAAUUAAACGAAAAAUUAUAAAAGUGAUAGGCAAUAAUCCCAAAAAUGUUGAAAGUAAAAAGAAGUUGCUCAAAAAUUGCGUAAAGCAAAUCAAACCUAAAAAAGCGAAGGUGGAUAAAGGCGACAAAACGGAGGAGAUUUUACCGCCCGUUUUGGAACCGAUUUUACCAAUUGAAGAAGAUACAGAUAACAAACAAGUAAAGAAAAAGGGAGGACGAGCACCACGAAUCGACAAUUAUGCCAAAAACGAUAGUUUAUUAAUAGAUCCUGCCAAAACUAAACGCGUCUAUAAGAAAAAAGUUAAAACUGAAAACACUCAAAACGAAUCAAUUGAAGAUGUUAUGAAUGACUUGAGUUCGCUCAUUAAAGGUGAGAGUAAAGAAGAAUCUGAUGUGGUUUCAGAAUCGGGCAAAAGUGACUCAUUAAACCCGAAAAAAGUCAUCAAGAGGCGAAAAAAGGAAAAUAUUGAGAAUACCCUGAGCAAGUUGAGUCCUUCUCAACGCAAAGUGAUCGAUAUGCUUGAUUUAAACGUUAGCAAAUAUAAAGAUUUGCCUGUUGUUAAAAGACGACACAGCAUUGAGAAAUUCCCGAUCGGGAUUGUAGACACCGAUGGACCAAAUCUUAACCGAAUAUCAAUUUUCAAUAAUUUACCUCGUUGUAUCAGUCCUCGCUCGAAAAAUUUCCCUAGGUUAAGGCAAACAGUAGAUGGAUUCAGUCGCCGAUCAAAUCCGUACAAAACCAGAUCAGACUCACCAGCUCGGAUUCUACGCAACGGAAAACAAAGAAAACUUAAAGAUUUAGAAUUGUUAGAAGGAUUAGACAUUACACACAAAAGACGAAGACGGAAUUAUUCAGAGUUCAGCGGAAGCGAAAUGUCGAAAUUUUCAGGAUACGAGUCCGAUAGUAGUUUUUCAGACUUGUCGUCAGUACACGGUGCUGAAAAUCCUGAAACCAAGGACGUUGAAAGUGUAAAAAAGGAGAAAAAAGAAGAGGUCGAAGAAAACCCCGACGAAGUCCCUGCUGCCGUUAAAAGAAGUUUUUCGACUGAUCACAAUUUCACUGAUACUAAUUCGAAUCUUUGUCUAAAUAAGGAUAAUGUUCCGAUUAAAAAUGAACGAGACGUAAUGGAAAGUUUCGCGUCGGCUCCGAGUUCCAAAGUUCCUGAAAAAUCUAUAAUUCUUGACAUAAUGAAGCAAGCGUUUAAUGACCCUUUCGAGGACAAAGAGGAGAAGAAGAAGAAGAGUGGGAAAAUAAUAGACGAAACUCCUGACACUCCUGUCGAAGGUGUGAAAACUGAACCACCGCCAAUUGAAAAUCCGGAAGUCGGUGAAUCCAAGGAUAAAGACAAUGUUGACCAAGAAGUGGUAGAAAAUGGCGAGACUACGAUUGAAGAAAUUGCAAAUGGUGAAGAAUCUUCAAUUUUGCCAAACGGGGAUGCACCCAAAGAGCCCCAAAUUGAAGAAACUGCGGAGAAUCUAGCGAUCAAAGAAAACAUCUUGCAAGCUUUGGGCUUACAGAGUUUGAAGGCAGCUAAAGAAGCGCGACUGAAAAGCAAGGAAAAGACUGAACCGAAGAGUGACUAUUACACCGGAACGCUGAAAACAGUCAUCAAAAUCAAUCGUGGGGAGAAGAAGAAAGGGAGGAACAUGAAGAUGACUUUGCACAAAAGCAAGAAGAGUGAUUAUGAUAACGGAGUUGAAGAUCACCAUAAAAUUAAGGAUGGUCCGUCCACAAGCUGGAAACAUGGUGGUCAGUCGUCGGACACGGCUGGUGCGCACAGAAAAUCACAUUAUUCUAACCGCUCUAACAUGGAUGGCAGCAGCGAACACACUUCCGAUGGUGAAACCGGUGCUCAGGAAGGAUCAACCAAAGCUUUGGUCAUACCGGAAAAAGCAAGUUCCUUCAGUAUUCACCCCGGAAGAAUUUGUAAAGAUGAAUGUUCCUAUUGCUACGGCAAGUUUGGACUGUUUGAUACUCCAUGUCAUAUCGCACAAAUGAAGAGUGUGGAAAGACAGAAUAAAAUUUUAGCGGCUGAAAAACAUUUAACAAGAGAUUCUUGUCUUUGCGACGCUUGUUAUCGACAUGUCGACCGUAAAGCAAACACGCCGUCUUACACGAACAAAUCUUACAAAAGAAGUGCAACAGUUGCACCAGGACCUAGACAGGAUCACUGCCACGUUUUGGGAUGUCGUAAACUCGCUUCAAAUAUAUUGCGGAGGAAGUGGAUAAUUAAAAUGAGGAGAAGUAUAUGCGAAGUGAUAAAUAUAGAUUUAGAUAAUCCCGGUCUUCAUUCAAUUCCUAUUUGUGAUGAGCAUUACUCGGCCCUUGAGUACCUCAUGGUGUGUGCUAUGUGUAAAAGAAGAUUAGCUAAAAAUCACGUUCAUUAUUUGGGACCUGAAACUGUCGAUUUAAAUUUAGCUUUGACCACUGAAGGAAUUCCUUUAAGUUUAACCGACAAACCUGUCGUUUGCAAAUUGUGUAAAUAUUUCGCUACGAUUAUUCUCAAAUCGCCUGAGGAACGACCAGAAAACAGCUCAACAUUUUUUCUUGAAUACAAGAAGAGGCUGCUUCACUUCAACGAUAUCGUACCGAUGGAUGAAGCCGCAGCUGAAGAACCAAUAAUAAUUCCUACAAAAGAUAGCAAGAUCGAGAAGGAACAAGUCCGGAAGAAACGGAAGAUAUCCAAGAACCAGUCGGUACCAGGAGAUGGUUCUGAUUCUCAGGUAGAAGUAGAAAAAUCGGACCAAAGUCGUGUGCCUUCAACUGAUUCGACUAACCAGUCUCGUCCAGAAUCUCCCUCUGACUACAUGGUGGACUACAAUACUUUAAUUCCAUCUAUUGCAAUGGAAUGUGGUAGUGAUAGUGAAUCUAAAAAAGAACCUCCUACAAAACCAACGCAAUUGAAAAAAGCCGGACGUCCCGAAACCAUCAAACAAGCUGUGGAAAUAUCAAAGAACAUGAAACUGAAAAAUGAUAAAAGUAGUGAUAUCGCGGUCCAAAGACUAGGAUCAAAUCCUUCCAUAUCAGUACGGCAGUUGUUCCCAUGUGAGGAAGAUCUACCACUUCAGGGCACCAUAGAAUUCGGGAAUGUCAAAGAACGGACUCCUGAAGGCUGGGAGAAGUGCACAUCAGUCAUACAGUACGACAUGGAAACCAAACAUUUAUGGCAAGAAUUGCAAAAACCAUACGGAAACCAAAGCAGUUUCUUGAGACAUUUAAUCCUCCUCGAGAAAUAUUUCCGCAACGGCGAUUUGAUUCUAGCACCCAACGCUAGUCACCAUUCGAUAAACUACAGCGAAUCCGUGCACAAUAGAUUAAGAGCAUACGAUAACAUCCCAUCAAGUGCUGGUAACGUUCAACCCAUCAGUAUGAUACCAUUUAACAAAGUCCAGAAGAGUACCAAUGGAAUCGUCACUAGUGCCCCACCCAAUCCGGUCAAAGAAACACCACCACCGGUAGUACCCCCAACUAUUAAUGCGGCCAACGUCCCUAAAAGUACCCCAAUUACGAUCUCACAAUUGAACAGUCCUCCCCUAAUUCCUCCAAGUAACCCGCCUCCCCCAAAACCUAAACCUGUGGGGGCCCCUCCCGGGUUGAUCUCCUUGCACCCGGGCACCAACCGGCCUGUGGCCCCCCUAGUCAAACCUGCCCAAUCCCAGAAGAUCAAAUUCCCGAUUACGAAAAACUGGCGUCCUAAUUUAAUCCCAAUCGACCCGAGUAAGAAAAAUUCCGAACGCAAAGCCGGAUUGGUACAGGUUAUAUCAGGUGGCAAGCCGUACCAUAUCACUUUAGAAGACUAUAAAAAGAUGUGUGCUAUCAAGAAGAGUUUUGAGUUGAAACAGAAGAGACUACAGGAGGCGGCGAAUGCUGGAAAAGCGACAAAAGGGUCGCAAAAUUCGGUGCUAAAGUCGGUGACGCCGAGGAAGGGUUUAGUGAUUUCGAAGUCGAGUCCGAAAACAGAACCGGCCGAACCGGAGACUAUUUUAGAGAAGUUAGACAAGCAAGUUGAGAAGUUAGAAUCUAGACUGAACGAGAAUAAACCGCCGUUAUCCCUUCCAAAAAUCCCCAAAUCCUUAACGGUUAUCCCGCAAACAGUCACCCGGAAACCCUCGCGGCCUUCAAGUCCCGUUUUGUUAAUUACUCCAAAACCAAAACAGAUUACAAACAAGUCAUGAUCGAUUCUGACAGUGUUACAAAGUGCCUCAGAAAAUUGUCUUUAUAUCUUCAAAUGUAUACUAGAGAGAUUAGAGUAUAUCGACAGUUUUUGUUUUUUCUUUUAUUUUAUGAAAAUUGUUGGCAAAAUUGGAAUUUUGCUUUGAAUUAUUGUUACAAGAUUGACACGAGUUAGAGGAUAUUUUUUUAACAUAACUUUGUAAAUAUCCUAGGGUAAUAAGCCACUCUCAAACACUUUUGUAUAUUCUCUAUGACGUAUAUGUGUUCAAGUAGUUACAGACAUUAAACUACCUUCAUUUGGUCAAAUUUCCAGCAAUAACGGUUAAUGUCUUUCCAUUACCACUUUAUAGUUUACGAGUACUUAGAAAGAAAGGAAAAAUAUACAAACAUUUCAAAUGUUUGUAUGUUUUUCGGUUCCAAUGCUCAUUAAUCAUUUAAUUAUAAUUCUAAUUUAUUAUUACAACUUUAGUAUUUUUGUAUACCUAUAUAUCUUUAGUUGGAUGUUAUUGGCAAUGUAAAGAAUGUGUCGGUUUUAUUUUUUAAAAUCGGCUAGAAUGUGAAAUUGAAAAGUCUGAAAUAUUGUUAAUUUUUCUGAAUCUUGUAUAAAGCCCAAUAUUUGAAGUUACUAGUUAAUUCAUUAUUAUAAUUAUUUAUGUAAAUAAACCGGGCGUUACAAUAAUUGAAAAUAAAUAAUUUAAUACAUAA